AUGGGCGGCGACGACCUCCCCUUUAUGUUUUAUCUGGGCCUGUUCUGCGUCAACGUCCUGGUCAUCUAUUAUGUAUUUCUGAUGGAGUACAUCGCCAUGAGUGUGGGGAUCGUGUUCCUUUCCGAGGACAUGGACCAGGCUCUGGUGGACAUCGGGGUGCUUUCCGAUCCGGCCUCCGUGCCCUACGACUUGAACAGGGAGCUGGAUGUGUACGAGGGGUAUCUGGAGUGACGCGGCGCUGCCGGAGGAAGAAAGGGAGGAGGAAACCUCGAGUGGGGGGUGGAGAGGCAGAGGAAAGCCUCGCUGGUCGUUCGUGCGGAGUCCCUCGGAGCCGACGCGGGUGCUGCUCUUCUCUCACACAGACAAGGUUCUUUCGCCUCGAAACGAGGUAGCCCGAGGAAGAGAUUCAGCACUUGUCCCACGGGAGGAGGAGGAGGAGCCCAGCUGGCGGUCAGUUUCCUGCCUGCCCAAUCGUAAUCGAGUCUUGGCCGCACACUAAUAGGGUCAGCACCGACGUCUGCAGCCUUCCCUUUGGACACAAUAGAAAAACCACAAAAGGGAAGAGACGGCUGUUCCCUGUGGAAGAGGAAGCGAUUGUUCCCGGGGCUUCUGGAGCGUGACUCGGGUUGUCUGCAUUGCAGCCGGUUCAGAUAAAAGAAGUCCAAGAUGGCGUGGUACUUCCAGGAGAACUGGGAAAUCGACAUCCACCGUCCUAACUGUUGCAUCGUCUACACUGCCACUCUUUUGAUUUGUUAUUUUUUCUUAAGUUUUCAUUGCUACUUUACAAACCUGCGCGCCCUGGAGCUGUAAAUUCAGAAUGCGUCUUUCGAGGUCACCCUCGCCGUCUGUCUGCUUCAGGGACGGACGCACUCCCGGAUGGGAGCAGUGCAUUGUGGGUGCCCUGACACACAGGACACUGGACACACAUCUGUGAGAGCUCAUCUUUUCAAGCUCUUAAAAUCAGAAACGCCACACUCUACUCCGGAAUGCAGAAAGUAUUAAAGUACCCAGGAGAGGUGUUUCUUUUGAUCCAGCCUUCUGAUGACUUGUACCACAUUAGUAAUUGAGGCUCUUCUGCACAUUAACUUUUUUUCCCCAGUAAACAGCAAUAGUUCUGACAGCUGUGAUCCCAGCCGGCCAAAAUGAGUCACACUGUUUCCAGCUGAGUCGCGUGUCAAAAGGCUGGAAGACGAACCUCGUAAGAAGAAGCGCUUCAAAUAUUUGACUUGCUACCUGCUGUGUUUGUUUUUAAUGUUACCAAAUGUGUGUUCGCCACGUAGAAAAGACUUGACGCAUGAAAUCGGGUGUGUGUGUGUUUUUAAAGAAAUGUGUUUAGUUGUUUUUAUCCCACUUUCUGCUGUUCAGUUUAUGGAUUUAUAAUUCAGUUCAUGAGAUGUAUAUUCUUGGCGGCAAUAAUAAACCGGGUUCCAGCAGCGAGGCGAUUGUACACUAGAUGUGUGAACCUUAAAAAGGUCUGUACAUCGUGUAGUGAGCGGCGCCAACAGCCCAGCUAGAGGGCUAAAGGAGGCAAUACAGGACCAGGAGCGUCUCACUGCAUCAGAAUAAUAGCAAUGCUGUCGUCGUGGAGACAUUUAAACAUAUCUGCACGUUUCAUAUUCAGCUAGAACGGGCACUCAGUAGAGCGCAUACCUUCGCAUAUCACAAGAUUGGGCAUUGAAUUAUGAACAUUUUGGCAUUAGUUUCAUGCAAAUUGGUAAAAAGAAGAUUUUGACUGUGACCUUUAACCCGAUCGAUCCCAAAUUUGAAUCAAAUGCUCCCCGGAUAAUAACCAAUCAUCCCACCAAAUUUCAUGCGAUUCGGUUUAAUACUUUUUGAGUUAUGCGAGUAACACGCAUACAAAUAAAUGACGAUCAAAACAAGCUGAAUGUCCCACUGUCCAUGAACGUUACAUCCUGUGGGGGUUGAGGGUUUCACGUCCCUCAGGCGGCUGCAGGAUGUUAAUGGUUCACAGCCACAUCGCCAUGAGGUCAUAAUAAGUUCAUUAUUCUAUGUAACAAAAAAAACAUCAACGAAGGUUCAGGAUGAGCUUCACUGAUCCAGCGUGCCGACCGGUAUCCAUGGUGACGUCUCCUCGUUGGGCGGAAGGCGUGCGAGGCGUCUGGUCUGUGUGUUUACAGACGGGACGCCGGCUCCUCUGAAGCCCAGGACGCUAAUAAUCGUGAAAUAUUGCGAAACAUGUUUGUAUGAAGUCGAUGAAUGUGUCGUGUCCCGGCAAGACGGAUCGUCAGCAUCCAGCCAUAGAGCCUCGACCAGUGCCCCCCCCCCCCCCUCCAUUCUGCAGACAUGCGCUCUGUCAUAAGCUAUGGGUCGUAAACGGAGGUUUUUGUUCUUUUUUUCGAUGUGUAUUUAAUAAACUUUGAUUCCGCCUCUUA